CAGUCUGUGACCAUCAACGAGCACGCGACCCCUGAUUACCUUGUUGUUGAUGCGCUCUCUAGGUACUGGAUCGAACGCGGCGGCUGUCCCCUCAAGCCACCCGCCACUGCGACGAGGGGCCGGUCUCCGGUUUUCCCGUUUCCCCCAAGCGGGAAGCGAGCGACAUGUCUUGCGAGCGUCUUUUGAGUUGACUUGUUGUCCGCCGUGAGCAGCAGAGAGAGGCGAGGGCACACAUCAGCCAGCCCAGCCAGCCAGCCAGCAGCCAUGCAACCCUCCCAUAUCCUCCCCACUCCUCCAUUCCCUGGUGGCCAAAAAAACACUGGAGAAGCAAAGCAACUUUUGGUGUAGUUAGCGCUAAUAACUAGCCUUGGGACCGUCCUGUCAGGAUGUUUUGAGCAAAUACGAAGGGAUCUGCUUCGGGCUUUUCCCACAUUGCCCCCCGUACGUACGCCAACCAGCCAGCGUCGCCUCGCGUGGAGAACAUCUCACCUUGCCCUUGAUGACGCCCCCCCAUACAUAUGUCAUACGACAUGAAGAAGCCAGGGCCCCCCUCGAUUCCACGUCUCCCGCGCUUUUGCUCCAUCUCGCUCCUGGCUUGGCCCUUCUCCGCAAAUCGAAGCGUUCGACUCCCCCCAACUUCAUACCUUCAAAUGCGCUGAAGAGUGUCCUCGUUUCGGCUUUGACAUAGACUGCGGCGCCGCAUUUGUCUGUCAUCGCGCGUAUAUUUCCCAAUCCGCUCUCCCGUCGCUCGUUUGUUUCUUUUUUUGGUGGUUUAAUUGCUUGGUGCCGCCUUGCCGGCUGCGAUGCGUGCUCGACGCACCUGGCAGUCACGAAUACUAUCAUCAUGAUGCACUCGCUAUCCACAUUGACGCUGCUGUCGGCUGCUGGCUUGGCCACGGCGGCGUCGGUGUUUUCGCUCGACAACGAUGCCGCCAUCAGAAACUCGGCCGGCCAACUCGCCUGGGACAUGCUGCAGUACUAUCACGGCAACGAAUCCGGAGGCACGCCCGGCAUCCUCCCCGGGCCGCCGCCCGCGGGCGACUACUACUGGUGGGAGGGCGGUGCCAUGUGGGGGACCCUGAUCGACUACUGGGCCUGGACGGGCGACUCGUCGUACAACGACGAGAUCAUCCAGGCCAUGCAGUUCCAGGUCGGCGAGGGGCAGGACUACAUGCCGCGCAACGUCACCGCCUCGCUCGGAAACGACGACCAGGCCUUUUGGGGCAUGGCCGCCAUGUCGGCCGCGGAGAACAAGUUCCCGGACCCCCCCUCCGACCGGCCCGGGUGGCUGGGCCUCGCGCAGGCCGUCUUCAACACCCAGGCGAGCCCGGACCGGCACGACGAGACGUGCGGCGGGGGGUUGCGGUGGCAGAUUCCCUUUUCGAAUAAUGGGUAUGGGUAUAAGAACAGCAUCGCCAACGGAUGCUUCUUCAACAUGGGCGCGCGACUGUUCCGAUACACGGACAACGAAACAUACUCGAAUUGGGCGGAAAAGACGUGGGACUGGGUAGAGAAGAUUGGUCUCAUCGACGCCAAGACGUACGCCAUCUACGACGGAGGAAACGUCGAGCACGACUGCAAGGACAUCAACAAGGUCCAGUACUCGUAUAACAACGCCAUUUUUGCCCAGGGCGCGGCAUUCAUGUAUAACCACACCGAGGACCAAAAGUGGAAGGACCGCCUCGACAAGCUCAUCACGUACGGCCUCGAGACCUUCUUCCCCAAGGACAUCGCGACGGAAAUCUCGUGCGAGCCGGGCAACGGGUGCAAGACGGACAUGUUCACGUACAAGGGCUUCGUGCACCGGUGGUACGCGCAGAUCACGCAGCUCGCGCCCUUCACGGCGGAGCGCAUCCUCCCCGUGCUCAAGACGUCGGCGCAGGCGGCCGUCUCGCAGUGCACCGGCGGCGACACGGGGCGUGCCUGCGGCCUGCACUGGGGGGACCACAAGUACGACGGCAAGACGGGCGCGGGCCAGGAGAUGAGCGCGCUGGCCGCGGUGCAGAGCCUGCUCAUCGGCCACGCGAAGCCCCCGACGACGAGCAAGACGGGCGGCACGAGUAAGGGGAAUCCAGGCGGGGGGAGCGGCGACGGGAAGAUUGAGAAGGAGGCGAAGCCGGUGACGACGGGGGAUAAGGUGGGGGCGAGCAUCGUGACGAUUUUGCUGCUGGGGCUGGCGUGUGGGAUGUUUGGGUGGAUGAGCAUUGAGCUGGAGGGGUCCAGCUAGAUGUAAGUACGUAUGAUGUGGUUGGACCCAUGUAUCGGCGUUGGCUGUGUUUUUUUUAUUCUCUGGGAGCUAUAAUGACCGAACCUAUUAUGUUAUGUUAUUUUGGCAGCGUCCCAACAGUGCUCGGGCAAAGCCAUCACACAUGACUUUAUGUUGCUGUUCCGCGGACUGGUCAUUACAAUUUGUUACAUACAUGGGCGAGAGAGCAUUAAAGUAGGACGAAAUGCCUUUUGUCCUGAAGCCCUGCCGUGUUUAUACGUUGAAAGUGGCGACAUGGAGUCUUUGGUGGGUUUGGCCUUGAGUCUGGUGCGGGACUCCUGGGAUUGACUUUAUCGGGAGUCUUUGUUCCGGGUUAUCAGUAGUAUCUUAGGGCUUUCCCAAGAGUCUCUCCUUCGACCUCAAUAGUCAAUAGUCUGUAGUCUCUUAGCUUCCCAAGAGUAUCUCCUUCAAUUCAAUAGUCUCUGAUAACCCAUCAGGCUCCAGUCAUCAGAAUUCCUGCUUGAACUCCCCUCAUCUCUCACGUCUAUAUAUACUCUCUACUUCGUAACAUCAAUGUCCAUGUCCAGCAUCGACACUCACGUCUGCAUGUGCGUCAAGGCCACGACAGGCAACGGCUCGUCAACCAACUCUCGCACAACCGGCACCAACGGGUCCAGCCCGACGCGCCCCCUUGCCCACGUGAUGCCCUCGCGCACGUCCUCGAGCGCAAACAUCUCCGG